CAAUUACAAAACGAGAAGCCCUCGACAUUUUCACCUUCUCCUUCAGUGCCUCACAGUUCCUUGUUACCUUAAAGAACAAAAAAAUGAAAGCGUCUUUGAAAGGAAGGUACGCCAAUGAAAAGAACACCGCCGGCGCUACAUUGGUCGUCAACGCCGGCGAUGUUAAGCUACGCGCUUCCAUGAGUGACGCCACUUUCGUCGACGGUCCUAGCCUCAACGGCUUGACUUUAGCCGUUGAAAAACCCGGUUUUUUCAUCGUCGACUAUGACGUCCCCAAAAAGGAUUUUCGGUUUCAGUUUAUGAACACAGUUAGGGUUGCGGAGAUGCCGUUGAAGCUCACUUACAGUCACAGCAGAGGGGAUAACCGGACGGCAGUGGAGGGGGCGUUUAUGUUCGAUUCGGCUAACACGGUGUCGGCUAAUUACGUGCUUGGUACUAGGAACUGUAAGUUGAAGUACAGUUACGUGCACGGUGGGGAUACCACCUUCGAGCAAUGCUAUGAUUGGGGGAAAAUGGCGUGGGAUUUCGCGAUUUCGAGGAGGGUAUACGACGACGUUUUUAAGGCAACGUAUCAGACUUCGAACAGCGAUUUGGCUUUGGAAUGGUCGAGAAAUUCCAAGUUCAAUGGGACUUUCAAGAUUUCAGCAUACAUGAACCUGGCUGAAGAGUCUAAGAACCCUAAAAUUAUUGCUGAGAGUAGUUGGGAUUUGGAAAUUUGAUUUGUUAUUUCGGUUACUUUACAUUUGGAUAAAAACAGGGUCUUGUUAGCUGCUUCUCCCACAUAGGUCCAUUACAUAGUUUUGCUCCUAAAAAUUACCAUCUGUAAUGGGCUAAUGAUAGCUCUGUUGUUGGUUGUACCAUACCAGCUGCACUAUCCAUUCGUUAAAUUAUGAAUAUCAGAAUUAUGGUUUUAGUCCCUCUA